AUGGACCAGCUGCCCCACGAUUUGGGCUUGGUGAUUGAGAGCGACCUCUGUUGGGUUGUGCCUGAUAGUUUUGUUUUCUUUCUGGUAAAGAGCUUUGGGCUGCUUUGGGUCGGUGGGGUCCGGUGUUUGUGGACUGGAGUUGUCACGGCCCACGGUGGCUUUGAAGUUAUGUUCAUGGGCCUCCACAAACUUUUGGGCCUCAACGAAGGAGCCUGGGUCACGAUUCAUGACUUCAUAAGCCACCUUUUGGUUUCGUAA